CCGUCGAUCGAUCGUCUACGGCACCAUCACCGGCGUCUCCAUCUCUCUCCUCGACAUUCAAACUCAACUCGCACAUUUUUUCUCUCUAGAAUCAAUUUCUCACUCCUCAUUUGUCCAUAUUCAAAGUAAGUGUUUUUCUACUCUCUCUCUCUCUCUCUCUCUCUCUCUCUAUAUAUAUAUAUAUAUAUAAACGCAUAUGCCAAUUGUAUUGACGAAGAUUCGAUAAGCCUGAUGGGGCACAAGAAGCGAAAUGUCGCUCCUCGCUCCAAAUCAUCGCCGUCGUGUGCGCCUCCGUCGCCGGCGUUUUCGUGCGGUGGUGGCGGAUCAUUCGAUGAUGUUCCAUGCUCAAUCGAUACCGAGCAAAACCUAUUCUCGAAUUCUUUGAUUGAGCACGAGAAACAACAGCAGAGUAAGAUCGAGGCGUCCUCGGUUGUUGAAUUGGCAGCUUCGUCUUACUCUGCAAUCAAGCUCGAAUGCGAGCGAGCUCUCACGGCGCUCCGCCGUGGCAACCACACAAAAGCCCUAAGACUUAUGAAGGAGAUGUGCCUCAAACACGAAAACUCGGUUCUCUCGGCUCUGAUUCACAGAGUUCAAGGGUCUGUGUGUGUCAAGGUUGCUUCGAUUAUCGAUGAUCCCAAUGCGAAACAGCGGCAUUUGAAGAAUGCAAUUGAGUCUGCUCGGAAAGCAGUCUCCUUGUCGCCGAACUCGGUUGAGUUUGCGCAUUUUUAUGCCAAUUUGCUGUGUGACGCGGCGAAUGAUGGGAGGGAGUACGAAGAGGUGGUGCAGGAGUGUGAAAGGGCGUUGGCAAUCGAGAAUCCAGUUGAUCCAGCGAAGGAAAGCUUGCAGGAUGAGAGCCAGCAGAAGAUAUCAACCGCUGAUGCGCGGAUUGAGCACGUGCAGAAUGAACUUAGGGUACUAAUUCAAAAAUCCAACAUAGCGUCGAUUUCGACUUGGAUGAAAAAUCUCGGGAAUGGGGAAGAGAAAUUUAGGUUGAUUCCUAUAAGGAGGGUUUCGGAGGAUCCGAUGGAGGUCAAGUUGGUGCAAGCGAGGCGACCAAAUGAGAUCAAGAAGGCAACUAAGACUCCUGAAGAAAGAAGGAAGGAGAUUGAAGUUAGGGUUGCUGCUGCGAGGCUGCUGCAGCAGAAGUCAGAGUCACUGCAAUCGCAAAAUGAUGAUGGUAAGGCUUUAGACUCGUCGUCUGGGUCUUCUCAGAGGGCGGGUGAGCGGCGGAAGUAUGGAAAUAUGAGGAAGAGUGCAUCCUCAGCAGAGAGAAGGGACUUGGUAAGGUCAUAUUGGAAUUCAAUGGGUUUGGAUAUGCAGAAAGACUUGCUCAGAAUUAGAAUUUCUGAAAUUAAGGCACAUUUUAGUUCCUCAAAAGAUAAUUUGGCAAAUGAAGUCCUCUCAGAAGCUAUAUCAUUUGCUGAAGCCAAUAAAACAUGGAAGUUCUGGAUGUGCUGCCGCUGCAGUGAGAGAUUUUCUGACUCUGAGUCGCACAUGCAGCAUGUUUUGCAGGAGCACAUGGGAAAUCUCUUGCCCAAAAUGCAGUCCAUUUUGCCUCAAAAUGUUGACAACGAAUGGAUUGAGAUGCUUCUUAACUUUUCUUGGAAACCAUUAGAUGUCAAUGCAGCAGUUAGAAUGCUUGAAACCAAAUUGAAACCCCAAGGUCCUGAACUUCCUGGUGAAUCAUACUCUAGGACUGAUACAGAGGAGUGUAAAGACUGCGUCACUGACAAUUAUUGUUCUGAAGAGGCAUGGGAUUUGUCCCCUCAAAGGGGGGGGAGGUUUGGGGAUAGUUGUAAUGGGGAAACUGUGGAGAGCAAAAGCUACGAUAAGGUUUCUGACAGUAUGUGGCGAGAAGGUGAUGAGAAUCAGGGUGGUAAGGCAUAUUUCCUACCUGAUUGUUGGCCAUUGUCGGAUGACACUGAGCGUGCAAAGCUCCUUGAGAAAAUCCAUGACAUAUUUCAGGUGCUUAUUAGACAUAAAUACCUUGCUGCAACUCAUGUUACCAAAGUAAUACAAUAUACAGUGGGCGAGCUUCAGGGUCUUGCCUCUGGUUCGCAGCUUCUCAGCUAUGGUGUUGACCAAACACCCACAUGCAUCUGCUUUCUGAGAGCUUCUGAGCUUAAGAAAGUCCUAAAAUACUUGCAGGAGUUAUCUCAUUCUUGUGGCAUAGGUAGAUAUUCUGAGAAGAGUAGUACCAUUGAUGAUUCCAACAACACUGGCGCUCAAGGGGCUGAAAUCACAGAGAAAAUAAUUCUCAAUGAAGAUGGAUCCUGUCUCCUUUUGGAUGAGCAGUUCCUGCCCUCAGAUGAUGCAGCUGGACCAACUUUCUCUAAUGCUGGCUAUGGACAUAGGGUGCUACUUGAUGCUGAUGCAUUGUUGUCGUGGAUAUUCAGUGGUUCCACAACUGGGGAACAAUUGGCAUUGUGGACACAAAUGAGAGAAGAGAAAGCACAAGAAGGGAUGGAAAUUAUCCAAACACUUGAGAAGGAAUUUUACCACCUACAGAGCAUGUAUGAGAGGAAAUGUGAGCAUUUGAGUUAUGAAGAAGCUGUGCAGGCUGUGGAGGAUCUUUGUCUUGAAGAAGGAAAGAAAAGGGAGAAUGUCUCAGAAUUUGUGCAUCAAAGUUACGAAUCUGUCUUAAGAAAGCGGCGAGAGGAGCUUAUUGAAAGUGACAAUGAUGUUAUGUUUAUUAGCAAUAGGUUUGAGGUGGAUGCCAUAUCAAAUAUUCUGAAAGAGGCAGAGGCUCUGAAUGUCAAUCAGUUUGGAUUUGAGGAAACUUAUAGUGGUGUGACUUCUCAUCUAUGUGACUUGGAAGCUGGUGAAGAUAGUGACUGGAGAACGAAGGACUAUCUGCAUCAAGUGGACUCUUGUGUAGAGGUUGCAAUCCAGAAGCAGAAAGAACAGUUGGCUACAGAGCUCAGCAAACUCGAUGCGAGAAUGAUGCGAAAUCUUACUGGAAUGCAGCAGAUGGAAGUUAAGCUGGAGCUCGUAUCAACCUAUGAUUAUCGAUCAAUAUUAGUGCCUCUUGUGAAGUCAUUUAUGCGGGCACGUGUGGAGGAUCUGGCCCAAAAAGAUGCCACUGAGAAAUCUGAUGCUGCAAGAGAAGCAUUUUUAGCUGAACUUGCACUUGACUCUACAAAAGGCACUGGUGGAGGAAGUGAUAAUUUGAAACAUGUACAUGAGAAAGCAAGGGAUAAGAAAAAGAACAAGGAGCUCCGAAAAACAAAGGAUUCAAAGAUUAGACUGUCGGGUACUGGUGAUAAUGAGCUUAUGCUUGACCUUGAGACUGAAGAAUGGGUCUCAUUUCCAGUUGCAUCCGACGUAGAUAAUCCAGAUUCAGAAAUUAUUUCCACAAGUGGCGAUGCCUUAAAACAAGAGGAUGAGGAAUUUAGACGUAGAAUUGAACUUGAAGCAGAGGAAAGAAAGCUUGAAGAAACUCUGGAGUAUCAGAGACGAAUUGAAGACGAGGCUAAACAGAAACACCUUGCUGAACAACAUAAGAAAACUACUAGAACAAUUCCAGAGAAGCACGAUGAUGUUGAUCAAUAUGUACAUGAGCAAUUGAAAGACUCUAAGCAGGAUCCCAUGACCCAGAGAAAUGGAUUCCCCAAUGGUUUAGAAGGUGCAUUUGUGAACACUAUUGCUAGAGCUGCUGGAAGAAUUGGUAAUACUCACGCUCACCAUCCUACAAAAGUUAAGGAAGGGUUACCUACUGGAGGAAUUCCAAAGGAUGGCCUUUUGUCUUCUGAUCAGUGGACAGGAAGGAAAGGUAGACGUCAGAAGAAUUCUGCCAAGUUGCUUGACACAAAGUAUCAAGCUGUGUCAACUAAGAAAGAAAAUAUUGAAGUUCGACAAGAUAGAGUUAAGGACGGUCUGCAUGGUGACAGCAAUAAUCUUCAUGUGGGAGACAAUGGAACAAAGACAUUGAGACAAUUACAAGCGGAUGAGGAGGAUGACAUAAAAAAAGCUGUAUGCCAAAGCCUUGUUAAUGAAGGCACGCCUGAAAAUGUGAAUGCAGCAGAUGUAUAUGGCACCGGCCUGAGGAAUGACGUUGGUGAAUACAAUUGUUUUUUAAAUGUUAUCAUACAGUCACUAUGGCACUUAAGACAGUUUCGAGAUGAAUUCUUGCGUAGAUCAACAUCAGAGCAUGUUCAUGCUGGAGAUCCUUGUGUUACCUGUGCAUUAUAUGAUAUUUUUACCGCCCUGAGCAAGGCAUCCACAGACAUGCGAAGAGAAGCUGUGGCCCCUACUUCUCUGAGGAUUGCUCUGAGCAACUUGGACCCGGAUGAAAAUUUCUUUCAGGAGGCUCAGAUGAAUGAUGCUUCUGAAGUGUUGGGAGUAAUAUUUAACUGCCUUCAUCGUUCAUUUACAUUUAGUUUGGGUGUUUCUGAUACCGACUCAAUAGAAAGCAAUUGCACAGGCUCAUGGGAUUGCGCAAACACUGCUUGUAUAGCACAUUCUCUUUUUGGAAUGGACAUUUUUGAAAGGAUGAAUUGCUUUAAUUGUAGAUUGGAGUCCAGACACAUGAAGUACACUUCUUUCUUUCAUAAUAUUAAUGCCAGUGCCCUUCGAACAAUGAAGGUGAUGUAUGCAGAAAGCUCCUUUGAUAAGCUUCUAAGCCUUGUGGAGAUGAAUCAUCAGCUAGUUUGUGACCCUGAGGCUGGUGGCUGUGGGAAGCUUAACUAUUUUAAUCAUACUCUUUCAUCUCCACCACAUGUUUUCACAACAGUUCUGGGUUGGCAGAAGACUCGUGAGAAUGCCAAGGACAUAACAGCAACAUUAGCAUCUCUGGCAACGGAAAUAGAUAUUGGUGUCGUUUAUCGUGGACUUGAUCCUAAUAACAGACAUUGUUUGGUCUCGGUGGUUUGCUAUUAUGGGCAACAUUAUCAUUGCUUUGCCUAUAGUCAUGAUCAUGAACGGUGGGUGAUGUAUGAUGACAAAACUGUAAAGGUAAUUGGUAGCUGGGAUGAUGUUCUUACCAUGUGUGAGAGAGGACAUUUGCAACCUCAGGUUCUUUUCUUCGAAGCUGUAAAUUAGUGUUUAUUCGAAAUCCAUCACCUUGUUUGGUGCACUUGGAGAAGCUCGGGUGUCGUUUUAGUAAAAUGAUAAGUUGCUGCCUGAGCUCCACAGAGUCCUGCAAGUAAAGCUUGCGAUAUUUGUUAAGAAGUCAAGUAAAGUUUUGAUAUACACAAUAAAAUUUGUGACAUGAACUAGGAGCCUUGUUAUAGAGGUUUUGUAGGAGCAACUGGUUUUCUCAGAGGCACACGACAUUUGAAAAAAAACAAAAAAGUUUUGAUUGUAGAAUGAAGAAAUAAAGCAAUUGAAGAGCCCAAUUGUAAAUUUUUGCUACUAGGAGCAUACAACAGUCGUACACAGGGAAUACUAGUUAUUUAGAUUCAGUAGUCUGCUAGAUUGUUUUUGCUAUAUAAUGACGUCGGUUUGUAUAGAUUGCAAUGGCUCCUUUGGGUUAAAUUCUGCAGCAUUUUGUUGUUCCCCUUCUGUGUAGUUAAGGCUGUGUUUGGAUUUAGGAUUUGAGAAGAGGUUUGUAGAGGGAAAGAAAAUAAGAUAAGGAAAAUAUAACAAAAAUUUAGCUUAUAUUUCAUUCACUAUUCCCUUUCUA